AUGUGCGGCCGCUACGCCAUGGCCCUGCGGCCCUCCCAAGUCCGCCGCCUCUUCCAAGCCGACAACAUGCCUGUCGACGAGGCUCCCGCUGACGAAGGUGAUGGCUCGCCGCGCUCAAGCUAUAACUUUGCGCCGGGAUAUUACGGGACUAUUUACCGUGCCGAGGACUCCUACGGUUAUCACUCUCUCCACAGCUUCGCCGGGCUCGUCGAGGGUGAGGCUGAUGCUAACGCUCAAGGCAAGGGGGCUGGCCAUUCUGCUGUCGAUGAGGAUACCCAUAAGGAGGGGAAGGAUGGUAAGAGGGUGAGGUAUAAGCUGCAGACGAUGAAGUGGGGCCUCAUCCCCUCCUGGUCGAAGCGCGCCCCGGACUAUGGCACCCUCCUCAAAACCAUCAACUGCCGAGACGACUCCCUCUCCCAUCCUGGCGGGCUGUGGGGGAGUAUGAAACUCCGCAAACGCUGCGUGGUGGUAGCAGAAGGGUUUUAUGAAUGGCUGCACCCUCCUGGCAAGAAAGACAAGAUCCCGCAUUAUGUCAAACGCAAAGACGGGAAGCUAAUGCUCUUCGCGGGGUUAUGGGACUGCAUCCGCUGGGAAGAUAACGAAACGCAGGAAGCGAGAGAGGAGUGGACGUACACGAUCAUUACGACGAGUAGUAAUGAGCAGUUGAGGUUCUUGCAUGAUCGCAUGCCUGUAAUAUUCGAGCCCGGGUCGGAAGAGUUCUGGAGAUGGUUGGACCCCCAAAGGAGGGAGUGGAGUGGGGAGUUGCAGGGAUGCUUGAGGCCGUUUGAAGGGGAACUUGAGGUGUAUCCGGUGGCGAGGGAGGUUGGGAAGGUGGGGAAGGACGACCCUUCGUUCGUUAUACCCAUCCAGGAGAAAGAAAGCAAGGGGAGUAUCAAAAAUUUCUUUGCGAAGGCGGGCAAGGGGGGCGGGAAGGGGCACGAGAAAGGGGGAAUGGCUGGCGAUCAGGGAGAAGAGGCCGAAGGGGAGAGAAAACCACCUCCUUCUUCACCCGUAAAGGCUGUCAAGCGCGAAGCCGACACCACCCCCCUCAAGGGCGAGCCUCCGUUCAAGAAGACAGAAACUGCCCCCUCGCCAUCACCCUCCCCAAUUAAGGAGUACACAUCCCCUAUCAAGCCAACAACAACAACAACGAAAGGGAAAAUCAGUGCAAUGAAGAAUGUGAGCAAGAGUCCAGUCAAGUCAAAAGUUAAGGCUGGGGGAGGGGCGGAGCAGAGUUUGAAGAUUACGCAUUUCUUUGGAAAGUGA